ACUUUAAAUGGAAUUUAUUAAUGCGCAUGCGUCAAAAGUAAUUUUCGAUUGGUAGAGCAAUGGAUACACGCAUCCAUGAUAGAGAUAGUAGUUAAAAAAGAACGUAACGCAAAGGAGUAAGAAAAAGAUAGAAAACGCCAUCUUGCGCAUGCAAAGAAGAGUGAGAGAGAUAGAAACCACCGCCAAUAUGAUUACUCGAUCACUUGUUCUCAGUAGUAAAGCAAAGUUGGGUGAGAGGGUCGGUUUGUCGUAUAUUUGGAGCGAAACACAAACUCAAGAAAGAAAUUUUUGUUUGUUUUCACAUAUAUCGUAAUUGUAAAUAAUAUUUUGUGCCACCAAAGAAUGGCAACUACCAAAGACGACAGCACCGAUAGCGUGCAAUUUUUUGAAGGAGUGGAGAAACUUCUUGAGAUUUGGUUCACAAGCAGCAGCAGCAUAAACAGAAAGCAGGGCGAUCUUAGGCAGAUUCCUCAAUGGAAGUGGCAAUCAUUAUUAAAAAUCGUUCGUUGUGAGAUUAUCAGCAUUUGUCGUACCGAGCAUGUAGAUGCUUAUGUUCUCAGUGAAAGCAGCAUGUUCCUAUCAAAACGUAGACUUAUUUUGAAAACAUGUGGUACAACUACUCCUCUUCAAUGUUUGGAGCCUCUUUUGGAACUCAUAAAAGAAUAUACUGGCUUUGAAGAAGUAGAGAAUGUAUUUUAUUCAAGAAAAAAUUACAAGAAGCCAGAAUUGCAAAUAUCUCCGCAUCAAGCAUUUGAAGAAGAAGUUGGUUUACUUGAUACAUUUUUUCCAGGUGGAGAAGCCUAUUGUUUAGGUUCUGUAGAUUCAGAUUGUUGGUAUUUAUAUACUUUGAAUAAAGAAAAGUCUGUUGAUGAACCCUCAGAACCAGAUCAAACCUUAGAAAUCUUAAUGACUCAUUUAGAUCCAGAAAUAAUGGCUCUUUUCACUAGAGAUGUAUGCUCGUCUGCAGAUGAAGCAACUCAAAAAUCAGGAAUUGACAAACUUAUACCAAAUAUGAUUAUUGAUGAUUUUUUAUUUGAACCUUGUGGAUAUUCAAUGAAUGGAGUAUCUAAAAAUGGAAAUUAUAUGACUAUUCAUAUCACACCAGAACCAGAGUUUUCAUAUGUCUCAUUUGAGAGUAACAUUCCAGAAGCAUCAUAUGAGGAAAUAAUACGACGUGUAUUGAACACUUUUAAACCAAAAAAAUUUGUUGUAACCGUCUUUGCUAACAAAGAAUCAAUAGCUGCUAGUUGUCCGCGUGACUUAGAACAAACUGAUUUUCUAAAAUGUUCUGGUGAUUGGCUACGUACAGAUGUACAAUAUUGUCGUUUCAAGAAUUAUGAUUUGACUUGUGCAUUUUAUUCAAGAUUCCCAAGCUGAGGGUUCAUGGACGCUUCAUUCGGACCUAAUGAAUCAGGGACAAAUGAAGCGCUUAUUAAUAAUUCUACUUUUUCGCAAACUUCUUUUUCUUUUUCUAAUUCCAUAAAUGAAAAAAACAAAUUUAAUCAAUCUAUAAAACAUAUAUUAAAACCUACAAAUAUUUACAAAAAACAUAAUCUUGUAUCUACUCAAUAUAUAAAACAUAAUAAUGAAACAAAUCUUAAUGAAUGCACUAUUACACAAAAUUCUAUAAUUACCCGAGGAAAGAAUGUUACAACAUCCACAAUUCCACUAAUUACAUCCACGCCACAAUCCAUUAAUCCUGAUGUGUCUAUAGAAGAUAAAUAUUUAAAUAGAAAAAGUAACGAUUGUCAUCCUUUGCAGAAUUAUAUGGAUAUUAAUAGAGGUACUAAUUCUUAUUCUCUACGAUCAGUAUCAUCACCACAGUUAACAAUUAAACCCCUUACACGAUCUAAAGUUUAUAGGAAAACAUCUUUAAAAUCAAUGAAUUUAUCAAAUUCUAUGUUAGAUCAUAAUAUAUCUAAUCAUCGUAAAAGUAAUUUUUUGACGAGUUCGGAAAAUCGUAUAAUUAAUAUUUCUAAUUGUUCUAUAGCUUCCACAGAUAAAAAAGUACAUUUUUCUUGUAUUUCGGAAUUAACUCAAGAAAAUAAUUCGACUGAUACAAAAAAUAAGUGGAAUAUGGGAGAAGUACAUAUUACUUGUAAUCCACUUUCAACACCAUAUCCAUAUUCCACACCCCAUCAUAAUAUUAUAAGUGAAACUGUAACAGAAUCGCUAGAUGAUGAACCAAAAAGUCGAAGUUGCGGAAAUUUUUUGCCAAUUUUAUCAUUGAUUCCACAAACAGUAAUCAGUUUUCAAUAUUUAAGCCCGAAAAUGAAAUUUUCAUGGUGGAGAAACAAAAUCUCGUGAAGGUACGCUUAAGUAGACCAUUUAGCGCAAUUGUUGCUAGUGGUCUUAUAGCACAAUUAAAUGCUAUUUGGUCAAGCUCUAUGAAAACCUCUUACCUCGUAGUUAGUUUCCAAUCUUCAUCAAUUAGAGGUAUCCUAUCAUCGCUAUAUUUAAAUGUCAGCCUAUACCUCUUUAUUAUUAUA